UAAUAAAAGAAAAUGUUAAAUAUCAAAAUUGUGUAUCAAAGAAAAGUACAUAAACUACCCACAAAGAUUGGAUCCUAUUAGGAGAUUAUAGAAGCCAUUAAAACCUUAUAUCCAUAAAUAAAAGAAGUUCAUUUGUUUACAAACAUAAAUCCUUGUAUAAAUUUACAAAUAUUAUUCUUAGCUGAACCAGAUGGAUUUGAAGAAAUUAAUUGUGAACCAGCUCUAACAUUCCUUAAGAAAAUGUAUUAAUAAUUUGGAUGGCCAACGAUUAAAUUUUUAGUUUUAGAGAAUUUAAAUGAUCUAAGCCAACUUAAAAACUCAAUGGAUUUAUUAAAUCAAAGUUAAAUAUUUUCAGAUAAAUCAAAUUACUUAGAUCAACCUAAAAUAAAUAAGUAAAUAUUUUAAAUUAAAUGAUUAGAGCAAUAUAAAAACAAGAAAUUGAUUCUUAAUAGAAUGAAAAAAUCUAAUAAAAUCUAAUAUAAUUAAUAGAUAAUCGAUUAAGGUUCUAUAAUCUAAUUGGAAAUUCAAAUUAAGAUAAUGAAAUGAUUUUAAAGGCUAGAAAAUUGUCACAUCGAUUUACUCAAUAUUCUUAUGAAUGGAUACUCGAUUUUGUUAAAUAACAAGGAAAUUAUGUAUCAUAUGAACAUUUAGCAGAGUUGCUGAGUGAGAAUUAAUGAAUAUUUGAUUUAUAUUAAAUAAAUUAAAAAAA